AGUAGAUAAAAGCCUAAAAAUGUCAAUUGGAAAAAAAGGGUAAAGGCAAAAGACAAAAUUUCUCACCCCUCUUCCGUAACUCUCAUCUCCACUACCUCUCUACUUUCCUCUCUCUUCACUUCUCCUUCAUCACUAAGUCUUCUUUACCUUCGUCCUCCUCCUCCUUCUUUUUCUUCUACUACUACUACUUCUUCUUCUUCUUCUUCUCCUUUCCAAAUUGUUCUGCUAAACACAAAACAACAUUGAAGCUAGUCUCUUUUACUCUCUCUCUCUCUCUCUGUUCUUCAAUGGCAGAGAAUGAGCCCGAGUCUAAUUACGCUAAACACCAAAAGUUGGUCUCAGAACAACAAAACUAUGAAACCCCAAGUGUCAGUUUUUGGUGACGAGACUGAAACCUCACCUGGUUCUGGUGACAACAAGGUCCAAACAUGGAGUAGCCAGUACUAUCGUAACGAGCCGGUGGUGGUUGGGGCUCAGGAGCACUCUGCUCUUAAUGAACAGAAAGGUACCGCUUCACGAAUCGGUGAAGAAACACUGCUUUUGCCGGUCAGGAGCUUGAAACAACAUGUUCCCGAAAACUGGGAUACCAUAGAGUCUGUUAAAGAAUCUAGUGGGGAUUCUGGCUCUCUAAGUAGGUCAAAUUCGAGGUCUGGUUCUAAAAGGUUUUCGAGCAAAUCGAACAAGGCUAAAGGCGGAGAUUUUGGAGGGUUGGAUCAUCAAGAAUUGGAGGAGAAGUUGAACGAAAGUGUUGUGCUUCCUUCUCCAAUUCCAUGGAGAUCGAGGUCAGGAAGAUUGGAUGUGAAGGAGGAAGUUGAUAAUAAUACUCCUCCAAUGGAGGAAUCUGUGUUUAGGCGCCAAGAGUCAUGGGGUUCGAGGUCCCAAGGUUCUCGUUCUUCUCGAUUAAAUUCCAUUUCUUCAUCCCCAAAGGUGUCUCCUUCGCCAUCACUUUCAUCUCCAAAGAAGUCUUCUCCUUCACCUGCAUUGUCAUCAUCAGAAUCUCAAACAAAGAAUGCAGAGGAUUUGGGGAGGAAGAAGAGCUUGUACAAAUCUUCACCUCCCCCACCUCCGCUGCCUCCAACAAUGUUUUACAAAUCAUCAUCAACAAGGCUGAUCAAAGAUGGGGUUUCAUAUGAGAGGGAUUUGAGGAGAAGUUUCAGUAGUGGAACGAACAACAUGAAUAAGAGCAAUGGAGAAUUUGUGACCGGCAGAGUGAAUUCAGGGAUCGAAACCAAGCAAAGAAGCUACGUUGAUGGUUUAUCGAUGAGUAAAUCAAUUCGAACAACCAGAGCUGGUGAGAGCGCGGCAGGGGCUUGGAAGGUAAUGGAGAAAAGCUCAAAGGAAGUUGAAACAAGUUUGGUGGAGAAAGCGGUAGGAAAGAAAGAAGGGUUUGAUGAAACUUCUUUCAGGGCUGAGAAAAUGCGACCUGAAAGUUUCCACAACAUGUCAAAGUUUGCUUCUUUCAAUGAAUUUUCGGAGGCAGAGAAAGAACAUUUUCUCGACAAGGUGGGUAUUGAAUCGGAUGAAGAAACUGAAAACGAAGAUGAUGGCUUUGACGAAAACUUGAUCUGGAAAGACAUUAGGGAGAUCCCAAAGACAACUCCAAACAAUUAUGUGUCUGUUUCAGGCAAUGUGGGUGAUGCAGGGCCAGAUGUGGAUAAGAAGGCUGAUGAGUUCAUAGCGAAAUUCAGGGGGCAAAUUAGGCUUCAGAGAAUAGAUUUGAUCAAGAGAUCGAGUGCUCAGAUUAGUAAAAACUUAUCAAGGUAAAACUUUUACGUUUGCCUUCCUUGGGUUUUAUGUUGUAAUUGACUUGGUAUUUUAUCUUCUGUUUCAAAAUUAUGAUCAUGCUAUACAAAGAUUUUACAUGCUUUUUGUGUAGACAGUACACCAGUUGCACUGGGUUCAUGUUAUUAAAACUUUAAACUCAUUGUUAUAUAUAGUUUUCAGUUUCUGCAGCGA